UCUCAGUUUCUUUUCCGGUAAUGUUGGACACUCCACUUGGCUAAAUAUUCCCAGCCCGUCAGAAGCCACGCAGUUCUCUGCUCUGUUCGGCUGGACAGCACAUUUAAAGGCUUCUAUGAAAGGCCAGGAUGGUGCAACUGAAAGUGCUUCCGAGCGGCGUUUGGAGCCUCUGCUGGCUCUCCGGUUUUUAUUUUGUUAAAAAUAGCCAAACCUGAGACCCAAAUAAGUUUUACCAUCCAGGACUCAGUGCGAGUGAGACCCAGCCCUAGACCCGCCUCUGCUCUCUGGCAGCUCAGCUUUCAGUCACACUGGUGCCCUCAACAAAUAUGGCCGCUGCGCUGCCGCCUGCACUCGAGCUCAAGCUCACCCGGCCGGAACCACGUAAUGCCGGAGGCGGGACUCAGCAGGCGGAGUGUCUCAGCAGAGCAAGGUGAGGGCUGGCUGGUGAGCUGUCCCUGCAUACUGCCUCUGUGUGCCCUCGCCAUGUGCGCGUGGGGUCUGUGGCGCUGCUGAUGGUGGUGUUUUCAGCAAUAAGGUCAUACUGUCAAGUUCUAUAUGAUGACCAAGAACAUUGGCAAUACCCUGUAAUGUCUGGAGAUCUAUGGGAACUCACUGGCCAGCAGCUCCAAAAGAAGUAACCCAUUUCUGACACUGGGCUUUUUAUUUGUUAGCCUUGGGUCUCAGGGACACAUGACACUCUGUUGUAAGGGCUUGCUGCGGAUCUCAUGGCCUGAAGAAAUGAAGGUCUAAACAAGUGUCAGAAUCUAGCACACUUGAGGAAGAGUUCAAACAUACUGCUUGUUUCUGCUGUCAAAGGAGGGAGGCAAGCUCUCCCAAAGUCCCUCACACGGAAGCCCAAGUUCAUAGUCUCAACCUUCCUGAACUCUGUUGCUAGAUCGGGCUUUUUAAUCAUUUAAUUACAUCAUAGAAGUACAUUGAGAUUGUCGCUGUUUGUGGUCUUCCAUGAAAGGAAUAAUGCUGUCAGCAUGUCUGCCCACUCCAUGCUCUCUGAAAGAAUUGCCAUAGCCAAGGAACUGAUCAAGAGAGCGGAAUCCCUUUCCAGAUCAAGAAAAGGUGGCAUAGAAGGUGGUGCAAAGCUGUGUAGCAAACUCAAGGCAGAGCUAAAAUUCUUACAGAAAAUAGAGGCUGGGAAGGUAGCUAUUAAAGAAUCCCAUUUGCAAAGCACAAAUCUAACACACUUGAAAGCCAUUGUGGAAUCGGCAGAGAACCUGGAAGAAGUUGUUAGUGUUCUUCGUGUUUUUGGUUACACAGAUACCUUGGGAGAAAAACAGACUCUUGUGGUGGACGUAGUAGCAAAUGGAGGUCAUACUUGGGUCAAAGCUAUUGGCCGGAAGGCUGAAGCACUGCACAACAUCUGGCUGGGCAGGGGCCAGUAUGGCGACAAAAGCAUCAUUGAGCAGGCUGAAGACUUCCUUCAGGCCAGUCACCAACAACCAGUGCAGUAUAGCAACCCUCACAUUGUGUUUGCAUUCUACAACAGCGUCUCUAGCCCCAUGGCAGAAAAGCUGAAAGAUAUGGGCAUAUCUGUAAGAGGAGACAUCGUAGCCGUCAACUCUCUGUUAAAUCACCCUGAAGAGUUACAGCUGAGUGAGAGUGAGUCCGAUGAGGAGGGCCAAGAACUUCUGCAGGUGACAAGAGUGGACCGAGAAAAUGUACUGGCACACGUUGCAUUUCCAACAGAGAUCAAGGUUGAUGUAUGCAAAAGAGUGAAUCUGGACAUCACGACUUUAAUCACAUAUGUGUCUGCCAUGAGUUACGGAGGCUGCCACUUUAUCUUCAAAGAGAAAGUUCUCACAGAACAAGCCGAGCAAGAGAGGAAAGAGCAGGUUUUGCCUCAGCUGGAAGCAUUUAUGAAGGACAAGGAGUUGUUUGCCUGUGAAUCUGCUGUCAAGGAUUUUCAGUCUAUUCUAGAUACCUUAGGGGGACCAGGAGAGAGAGAGAGGGCCACUGUACUAAUUAAACGAAUCAGUGUGGUACCAGACCAGCCUUCUGAGCGUGCCUUGAGACUAGUGGCAAGUUCAAAGAUUAAUAGCCGUUCAUUAACGAUUUUUGGGACGGGGGAUACCCUGAAAGCCAUCACGAUGACUGCCAAUAGUGGUUUUGUCAGAGCUGCCAACAACCAGGGUGUUAAAUUCAGUGUGUUCAUCCAUCAGCCCAGAGCACUCACUGAGAGUAAAGAGGCGUUAGCUGUGCCCUUACCAAAAGAUUUCCCCAAUGAUAGUGCACACUAGCGGUAUUCUUUAGGUGUUGUCAUGGAAAUACAUUAUUUAUACCAAAGGCUGGCCUUCCUGUCUAUAUUGAGAGAAAAAAGUUUAUAGUAAAAGUAAUAUUUAGAACUCAUAUGUUUAAGUAGAGGUUUUUUGUGUUUCGUCUAUUUAAGGUCUGAAAAUUAGAGAACACUCAAGAGACAAUCUUAUUUAUCUCUGUAUUACAUCACAAACUACGUUCUGGCAGGUAAGAACAGAAAUACAUCUGUUUAAGGCUUUUAGUGAUCUUGUAAUGCUUUUGUUUGCCUCAGCAGGGCUGCAGACUCUACUACAGGAAAUUGCAUUUCAUGGAAUGUGGCUACAUGAUUCUUGAGUUCAUUAAAUAUCUGGAGAAAACUCUGA